UGAUACCUUCAGGCUCUCACUCUGGUUUACUUUCAGGAGUGGGUGAACUAGAUGCCAGUUCAUAUAUUAGUGUCUGCGACAGGUGCAGUGUGCUGCGAGCAACUUGCAUUCUACACUCAUGGCUUGUACAAGAGCAACAUUAUUUCAGUCAUUUAUGCAAGUGGGAGAGAGCCAAGCCUCUAAAACGUCACAUAUCAACCCUAGUUGUUAUAUGAUCCUCAGCCAGAAAAGAGGUCCAAUCACCCGUGAAUUGUCCUUGGAGAUUUUCUCAAGUCCCAUAAUUUUUCCUACACAGAGUUAUAAAACAGGUAAACAUAGUUGGAGAAUUGCAUUAGCUUUAAACAGUGGCGGAUUUCCAAGUAAUAGUGAUGAAGAAGACAGGGUUAAUAAUGGCGACUCUGGAGGAGGGCUUGGGCAAACACGUCUGGGAAGAAUAGUAGUUGCAGGUGGAAGACAGUUACUAGAAAAAAUAAAUGCAGCAAGGAAGAACUUCCCUGUGAAAAUAUUCCUCUUACUACUAGGUUUCUACACAGCUAAUGCUCUGGCUACUGUUCUUGGCCAAACCGGCGAUUGGGAUGUACUAGUUGCCGGUGUCGUGGUUGCUGCGAUAGAGGGGAUCGGAAUGCUCAUGUACAAAAGAAAACCUUCUUCUUCUUCCUCGGCUGCAGCAUCUUCUGGGAGGUUCCAGUCUCUUAUGGUGAUGAUCAAUUAUUGGAAAGCAGGUGUGUGUUUAGGCCUAUAUGUAGAUGCUUUCAAACUUGGUAGUUAAAUUGAACAAAGUUUUGCAUGUGAAUGAUUUCAUUGUGCAAAGUAGAAACUAUUUUCAGCUGGAUUCACUUUUUUUUUAAUUGUUCAUUCUUUUUUUUGUUCAUAUGAGUCGUCUUGGAGCUUGUUUGAUGUGCGGUUUAAUAUUUUAGUGGAUAAUUAUCGAUUUGAUUAAAGUCUUGAAGAUGUGAUCAAAGGGUUAUUUAGAUU